AUGAAUAAUCAACUGCGUAGAUUGCGGAAUGCCAGAUUAGAAAAUGUUGAAGCUAGUUCUACAUUGGGUGCAUCACCAUCGGUCAAUAAUUACAAUCCCAUUGCCAUGAUCAACAAAGAAAUUAACACGGAAGAGUGUCGCCAACUGCUAAAGAAAGUUGACAAAAUGCGCGAGAUCUUGCAAAUGGAAAAAGUUUCACUUCCACAAAUCGUUGUUGUUGGCGAUCAAUCGGUAGGAAAGUCAUCGAUACUCGAGGCUAUCAGUGGUAUUGAACUACCACGAGCACAGAAUAUUUGUACACGCUGCCCACUGGAACUACGUAUGAAAAGUGCUCCACCCGAUUCGCAGGAUUACGCGACGAUUAGAUGCGCUGGAGUGGAUGAAUUGAUCAUCAAUGAUUUAUCAGAGAUUUCUGCUAGAGUGGUCGAAUGCACGAACUUCUUGACUGGUAACUUGGUCAAUAUAUCACCAUCGCCCAUUUUCCUCACUGUUUAUAAACGAGAGAUUGAAGACGAUCUAACAUUGAUUGAUUUGCCAGGAAUUACUCGCACUCAAGUAGACGGUCAGUCGCCAACGAUUUAUCGUGAUAUUGUUUCAUUGAUCGAAACGUGUGUUCAGUCUGAAUCAUCGAUUGUUUUGCACGUCAUUCCAUCAUCAGUAGAUUUUACAACAUCAGAAUCAAUUCAAAUUUGUCAACGAUACGAUCCACAAUAUGAACGUCAAAUCAUCGCCGUAUCAAAAAUCGACAAACAUGACAAAGGUAUCGCAGAAAAACUACAAGGAAUAGGACCUGGAUCUCUGGCUCUUUUGUUGGGUUCUGUUGCUGUUCUCAACCGUAAGCAGGAGGAAAUCGAUGCAAAAGUUUCGUUUGAAGAAAUGAGACGACGCGAAGAAAAAUUCUUUCAAACCAAUCCAGCCUUCGCUGACGUACCUAAGGAACACUUAGGUAGCCGAGAAUUAAUCAAAAAAUUAGUUUCAAUUCAACAGAGUAGAAUUCGAUUAACGUUGCCAUCAGUGAUUGAAGGAGUCAAAGAAAAAAUUCAAAUGAAACGAGAAGAACUGAAACACAUUCCAAUAGCGGUAUUAACGGAAACGGACACGAGAUUUGCUUUCAAUGAAAUUCUCAGAAAUUAUCGCACAGCUGUUGAAAACCGUGUAAAAGGUGACUACGAAAUCCAAUAUGGGCAAGUGGCAAAAACAUUCGAUCCUACGGCACGUGAUCAAUGGGAUGACCGAAUCGCGUAUCAUCUCAAGAUGAUAGGAAAAUGUACUUCAGCAGAAAUUAAAAGGAUUUUAUCGACCUUUUCUUCACCUAAUCAAGGUACUCAAAUGUUGCAGUCAAUCGAGGAAAAUUAUGGUGGUGGGUUGCCUAAUUUUCCAUCAUCCAAUAUUAUUCAACAGUUAUAUCAGCCGUACCAUAAACAACUUGAGACACCCUGCAAAUCUCUGGUUGUUUGGGUCGAACAAUAUAUGACCAGUUGUCUUGCUUAUAUUUUGGAGAAAGUUAUACCUGCAGAGGCGAGUUAUAAAUUGCCUCUGUCCCGUGAGCUGAAUAAAGUAAUCAAAGGUGUAAUAGAAAACAGUAGAGUAAAAUGCAUGGAAAACGUCGAGCAGAUGUUAAAAAUGGAAGAGAAAGUCUUCACCGUCAAUUCGAACUACAUGGAUAUCUUUAAGAAGCUGCAAGCCAGCGACAAAACACAGAGUGAUAACAGGACACCUCAUGAUGUUUUGAUUGGCCUGCAAGCCUAUUGUUCGAUUGUUCAAGCUCGUAUUGUCGAUCAUCUCUCUCAACUUUGCGAGUAUUGGUUCAUUCGUAACGGUGUAUUGCUCCUCGAUGGGAAGUUAAAUACAGAGUUUACCCCAGCAGAACUCUUGAAGUGGAUGAAGGAACCGCCAUUGCUAGAGCAGAGAAGGGCUAAUUUGCGUCGAAGCAUUGAUACAAUGGAAAGAGCAUUGGUCGCAGCAGAAAGCGAUUAA